GCAGGGGACAGACAGGUGGACGCAGACAGGUGUCACGGACGAGAGACCGUCACUGCCUCGAAUUCGUCCUCUAGGCCCGCAUCGUGUCCUGUCGGCAAGUUUUUCGUGUCCCGUCGGCUAGGCAUCUUGUCCCGUCGGCUCGACAACGUGUCUUGUCGGCUCGACGUUGUGUCCCGUCGGCUAGGCAUCGUCUUUCGUCGGCUCAGCGUCGUCUCCAGUCGGCACCGCUCUCACAGACGUCAUGUUAGCAAAGUUGAUCCCGAUGUUCUUCGCCGCGGUUGCCAUGGCGCCGCUGGUUGUCAUGGUUACCGGUCAGGGCCCUUCGGAAGAAGAACUGCAGCAGGCGAUCGCCCAGGCAACAGCAGAAAAUGGAGCAGUCUCCGCAGGUGAUGAACCAGAGGAAGACCCGUUCUCCGGAGCUCUGAACGCGCUGGCCAGCGAACAUCAGUCCACCCCGACGGACAGGGAGCUUAGCAGGUGUGCCACCGUCUUGGAGAAGGUGGCAAAACACUUCCUAGUCGGUUCCGGUAGACGGUACACUAUAGAAGCGCUGUCCGCCAUCGACAUUCGGAACGUGACAAGUGUUUGUGACGCCAUCUGCAGACAGCCGACGUGCCCUACACCAGCCGUCCCAGAGUUCCGUUCGGCAAAUGGCCGUUGCAACAACCGGAACCACCCCCUGUGGGGAAGUAGUGAGCAACCCUUAAGAAGGAUGCUGGAGCCAGAAUACGGCGACGGCCUGACGACCCCCCGCAGCAAAGGGCGUGAUGGCGCCCCCCUCCCCAGCGCGCGGCUGGUCAGCACGACCAUGCACGAGGACCUGCGGAAAUCCAGCCCGGUCAACACCCACAUGGUCAUGCAGUUCGGACAGUUCCUGGACCACGACAUCACUCUCACGCCCAACUUCCAGGAACAAGGUCUCCGCUGUACCUGUGGUACCAAUUGCGAACAGGAGGAACGCUGUUUCAACAUCAACAUCCCUUCAGUCGACCCUGACUUCGCAGGGAGGCCCUGCUUGCCGUUUGCUCGCUCUCUAUCCGGUCCAAACGAAGGGUGCCGCUUGGGCCGCCGACAGCAGUUGAACCAAAUCACCGCCUUCGUGGACGCCUCCAACGUCUACGGCUCCUCGAACGAAGAGAUAGAGGAGCUCAGAGAACACGCUGGCUCUGCGGGUUCCAAUCAAGUUACAUGUCCGACGGGCUACGAACGCUUCCAGCAAAACUGCUUUAAGGCCUUCCCCUCACAAAAAGACCGCAGCUGGCUUCUGAAGGCCUGCAUGGAAGAUGACGGUGUGCUGGCCAUGCCGAAAGACGCCGCCACUAACGCGUUCCUGGUCCAGCUGAAGAAUGCAGUUCGGACGAACGUCAACUUCUACAUCGGACUGGAUGAUCAAACCACUGAAGGACAAUGGCGCUUUGCUGACGGAACCAGAUUGGGUUCCUACAACAACUGGAACCCAGGGCAACCAAACAAUGGAGGGGACUGCGUCGUUUUGCUGCCAGGGGCGGAAGGCAAGUGGGACGACACGAGUUGCUCCACCGGGUAUUUCAUCUGCCAAGCCCGGGGUAUCCCAUCUGGUGGCAAUCUCGCCUUGGGGCGACCCACGCUGCAGUCUGGCACGACUUCGGGGGGAGUGUCCUCACGGGCAGUGGACGGCAACACUGACAGGAGAUGGGGUGGAGGGUCCUGCAUCUUCACUAACAGCCAGAACAAACCCUGGUGGCGUGUAGACCUGGGCAGGUCACAAGCCAUCGACACAGUUGUCGUCUUCAGCGGAUCCGAUAAUGGCUAUCACAACUAUCUGAACAACUUCAACGUUCACGUCGGCGACUCUCCCACCGUGCGGUCCAACCCGCAAUGCGGCGGGAACCACCCCGUGGCAGCCGGGCGACAGAAGAUCACAGUGGACUGUGACGGUCGGAGGGGCCGAUAUGUCGGCAUCUCACUCCCUCACACCCAGUAUCUCGAGCUAUGUGAGGUUCUGGUCUUUGGAGGAGCACUCGGCCUGCUGAAGUCCAGACCGAACCCUGAAGACGCCAACAAGAAAGAGCUCCUGCCCGCCGCCAUUGCGGAUUCCGAAGUCGGGUGUGCCGAAUUUACCGGGAACGAGACGUGCUCGCAGGCUGGGGACGUCCGUGUGAACGAGCAGCCGGGACUGACCUCCAUGCACACCGUCUUCCUGCGGGAACACAACAGGAUCGCCAGGCAGCUCUCCGGACUCAACCCGCACUGGGACGACGAUCGGGUGUUCUUCGAGACCAGGAAGAUCGUCGGCGCGCUGAUGCAGAAGAUCACGUACGGGGAGGACCUUCCUCUCGUUCUCGGUCCGGCCGCUAUGACCAAGUUUCACCUGACCCUCGGCAAAUCUAACCUGAACCUCCGCCAGAGCGGGUUCUUCUCUGGGUACAACGCGAGGGUGAACCCCACCAUCUUUAAUGUCUUCGCCACGGCAGCCUACCGGUUCGGCCACAGUCUGGUUAACGAACGUCAGUUCCGCCUUACUCCGGACUUUGACCAGGGAAGCUUAUGCCCGAUUCAGCUGGCCUUUGCUUUCUUCAAUCCAUCCCACGUCCUCAACAACGACCAAGGCGGCCCGGACUCCAUCCUACGGGGACUGACCGCCCAGCCCCAUCAGGACUUCGACCGGUUCAUGGUCUCGAGCCUGACGAAGCAUCUGUUUGCGGAUCCUCCCGGGUCUCUUGGCCUGGACCUGGCGGCGCUGAACAUCCAGCGGGGCAGAGACCACGGGCUGCCCGGCUACAACGCCUGGAGGGUGAUGUGUGGCCUGCCCAAAGCCAACAGCUUCGACGAACUGGUGUUUGAAAUCCCAGACCGUUACAUCCGAUUGAGGCUGGAGGAUGUUUACAGCCACGUGGACGACAUCGACGUGUUCGUGGGCGGUCUUGCCGAGGAGUCCGUGCGGGACGGUAUCGUCGGUCCAACCUUCGCCUGUCUGAUCGGCCUGCAGUUCCAGGCCCUCCGCAUGGGGGACCGCUUCUGGUUCGAGAACGAAGGACAGUUUACAGCAGUCCAACUUGCGGAGAUCAGGAAGACCAGUCUGGCCCGGAUCCUGUGCGACAACACGGACGACACCACACACAUGCAGCCGGACGUCUUCAGGCUGCCCACACAGCCUGGGAACGAGAGGGUGGCGUGCUCUUCUCUGCCCCAGAUGGACCUGACCAAGUGGCAGGCGUUGCAGGCGAAUUCUCGCGUGGAAGAAGAGACCGCCGUCAGGUCUGGCCGAGGACUUGAAGACCGCAACGCAAACGAAAAACUCGAGCGGGUGGCUGAGGAAGCCCGCUCCAUCCUUGAGCUGCUGGGCGGUGGGCAAAAGAACAUCUUCCGGGAGGAGAACGCCAAGGCAAUCCGCGAGAACCUAACCCCGCCGGAGGAGGACCAACCCCCGCUGGAGGAGAACCAACCCCCGCCGGACAACCUUCCCCCGCCGGAGGACAACCUCCCCCUCCCGGAG